CCGCAAACUUCAAGCAGCAUCUAGCUCCUCUUCACUCGCAGUGUGUGCGUUUUUUUUUUUAGGAUGGUCGCCCUAAGAGGACUUUACCACAGGUUCUCGCGUCUGGUAAAAGUUGCUGCACAAAACCAAGUCCGAAAGUAUGACAAAUUGUGCACCGUGGGCACUGGCGGCUUGGCGGACAAUACGAGUCAGGCAGUGUCAGACGGAGAGUUGAACAUGUCUGCACGGGGCUGUGGAGGCAGCAGCUCCAGCCUUCCAGGGACACCAUGCGGAGAGGCCGGCCCAGCCAACAGCGUGAUGAGCUGGGCCGUCUCAUUUGAGAAGCUGUUGGAGGACCCCAGCGGGGUCCGGCACUUCACGGCUUUUUUGAGGUCCGAGGUGAGUGCAGAGAACAUUUUAUUCUGGCAAGACUGUGAAAAGUUUCGGAAGAUCCCAUCCAAAUCCUUGGAUAAGCUAAAGGCAGCAGCUCGCUCCAUCUACGACACCUACCUGUCUGACAGCGCUCCCUACUCAGUCAACAUCGACGACACAGCAAAGACAGAGGAGAAGGACCUCGAGCAGCCCACCCCUGAAAUGUUUAACAAGGCUCAAUCACAGAUAUUUAAACUGAUGAAGAUGGACUCCUACAGGCGUUUUGUGCGCUCUCCUCUCUACCAGAGCUGCACCUUGGCAAGCGUGGAAGGCAAACUUCUACCUCAGCUCUCUAUCGAGCCAGUCUGCACGGGGUCCUGGGAGGACAUAGUCAACAGUAGCCCAUUGUCGGGUGACAAAAAGAAAAACAGGUCCGACUCCAGCAGCUUGUCAGGUGGAAAGAGUGCCUCGGAGAAACGGCAUCAGAAAAGAGGAUCCUGGGGAGACCCAUCCAACAUCCAUGGUUUAGUCUCCAGGACAGACUCCCAUCUGUCAGUCAAGUCGAGUAGCAGUGUUGAGCUCAGCUCCCUCUACAGGCAGAUAGAGAAUGGCAGAUCGAGUCCCAGGUCCCCAGAGCAGGGCGGUGUAGGUGGGGGUCGUAUAGGAGUGGAGGGGGGCUACUGCUGUGUGUACCUACCUGAUGGGAGUGCCUCUCUGGCCCCCACACCUACUGGCCAGCCGAUCAAAGACAUGCUGGUGAGUCUGUGUGAGAAGAGGGGCUUCCCGCUGAAAGACGUCAUCAUCUACCUUCAAGGCAAAGACAAGCAACCCUUAUCACUGGACCAGGACUGCUCUGUACUGAGGGAUCAGCAAGUGUCUCUAGAGCUCAGGGUGACGUUAGCACUGGAGGUUGCUUUCACUGGUAAGACGGUGGGGAUCAUGGUGAAGUCCAGUAAGACGCUGCAGGAAGCUCUCUCCAUGGUUCUGCAGAAACACCAGCUCAAGCCGCAAGAGGCGGUGGUCACAAUGGUCGGAAGUAAUGAGCCUGUGAACAUGAGCGGCUCCGUGUUCAGACUGGCCAACAAGACUCUGCGGCUUGACAAAACCAAAGCAGGAAAAGACAGAGCCAGUGGUUCAGCUGCAGCCACACAGUCUGGAGCGGGGAGUGCAGGAGGUCUGGAGGCCCGGUCAUCACCACAUACAGACAGAGCCAAAAGUCAACCCAGACCCAGUAAGAACAGCGACAUGGAUGGGCUUCUGGAUAUGCUGACGAGGGCUCAGUGCUCCAGGGUUGAAGACCAGCGAGGCCUUUUGACCAAAGAGCAGCUGGAGGUCCCGACGUUCCUGCAGGUUCCCUCAGGUCAGGCAGCAGCUACAGACCAGCCAAACACAACCACCACUGCAGACUCCAAAGAAGAAGAGAAAUCACUAACUUCAGGCAAAGUCACAUCCGAAUCCCCUGAUUGUGUCGAGGACUUCAAGGAAACGGCAGUUUGAAAGACUUUCACGUGUGCAAUGGACACAAACACGAUGAAAAGUUACACCAAACACCUUGUAACAUCGUGGGACCAGUCAUGUUAGGAGACAGAAACUAAUCUUUUUGUAAAAUAUGGUCUAGCACUUUUUUCUAAUGGUUUCUAAAUAAGCUCAGAGACUGCAGUGCGAGUCUAACUCUGCUAUAAUUGGACCCUUGAGGCAAUAUAUAAAGAAGAAGAAUUGUGGCAAAUAUUUUAGUGUCAUUUCAAAACACUACAAAUCUGACUGAAAUAAGUGUUUGCUAUGAAUUUUUUAAUGGAUCCAAAACAUGCUUGAAAAGAAGUUUUAUCUCAACAUUUAAUGCAGUGGAUUUUUCACUUCCUUUUAUUUCUCACAAUCUCAGUUUGCAGACACGCUUUUCGUCAAACUCUUGUUGAUUCACAGGACUGUCCAGAAGUGUGUUUUGAAGUGUAUUGCAUGUUGUUUUGUUUUCUUUAUUCAAAUUAACAUUAUUGAUUUUUAUUUUUAAGAAUGUUGCAUUACUAAUUGUCAUUGUGUGUGCUCAGUUGCUUUGUUCAAAAGAAUGUUUGCGCUACUGAAAAAUGAACUUGUUUGCUGUGAAUGCACUUUUGAGAAGUCCUGCUUUCCUGUCACGUUUCAGGGUCCAGAUCAUGAAUAAGUUAUCUUAUAAAACAGAGACUGAAUCAGAUAAUGUGAGCAUCAGAAAUAUCCCACAGGGUGUUUUCAGAGAAUUAAAGCCUUUUUAUGAUUGAAUGAUUUUCUUCCUGUAUGUCUUAUGUUUCCAGGGAAAGACAUCAGGUUCAGCUUUUACCCUCUGAGAGGGUUUCUUUUGGGUAAACGUCUGAGGCUGGUUUUUUGGUUUGACAAAUGCUACGUGAGUUGGUUUUAAAUGUCAUGCAGUCAGACCCCACUUCCCCAGUAGACUGCCUGUAUGACUCAUGUACAGUUUUGAUAUUUGUAAAAAUAGCUUGAAUUAUAUUUUGUGUCUCUGCUUGUGAAACCUCCCUCAUAAAUGCCAUCAUGUCAUGAUGUCAUUACUACACAGCGGUGGUGCAUCAUUGCAGGGUUCUGAUUGGCUCUUUUGUGAAGGCUUAUAGCCAAUUAUAUGCUUGAUGUGUCCUGAGACUUGUUGCUGGACUGUGUUAUUUUCUAGUUGAAGAGCCCGGGAGGACUAUUAUGGCGUGCAUUUGGCUAUUGUGUGGGUUACAAAACGGAUUAGAUGAGUCAUAGGUGGAUCCGUCCACAUGGAUGAUGUCAGCAAUGUAAAUAUUUAAUAGUAGGUUAUAGGGUUUGGUUUGGGAAGCAUCUCAUUCCCCCACUUUGCUGGCAUCACCCCCGUAUAGAUGUUUGUAGCAGAAGAAAUGAACAUGUGACAAUGAAUGCUUUUAAAGUAAAAAUGUAUAUGAGAAGUGUGUUACGCCCAAAGUUUGUGCGUGUUUGUGUGUGUGUUUGUAUGGUAUGUGUGUGUGUGCGUGUCUGUGUGUGUGUGAGAGAGAGAGAGAGAGAGAGAUUGAGCAUCCAGGCAUGACUGGUGCGUCGGCGAAGCUAUGAAUGGGCAGAGAGGGGUGUGCUCAGACACCAGCAGCAGUGAGAUGAAGAGUGCCAUUUACUCCACUGCACGUCUGCACUGAGGGGAGACAAAAGAGAAGAAAAAGAGAAGAAAAAAAGGAGAAAUCGGAGUGUUCCAAAAGAGAUCAUCUACACCAAACCUGCAUCAGCACUGAACAUCUCCUCUCACUUCAGCCAUGGAGCAGAAAGUGAAUGAGUGUCACACCACCACCUCUCCUCAGAAGCACAUGAAGAACAGAUCCAAGUCCACAGAGGAGAUGCAACAGACAAAGAAGACCUUUUCUUCACAAAAAUCGCUCCCAGGAGGACCAGAGCUGGACAAAGUGAAGGAGUGUCCUGAUGGCUCUGAAAUGCCCUCACCCUCCACAGAGGAACCAAAGUGACAAAUGAACGGACCAAAGUGAUUAGAUUGUUCGUCAAUUUACAAGAUCAUCAUUAAAAAAACCCGAAGCAUAAAAAAGUACAUGUGCACACAAAAAGCAUACAAAAUAGCGAUGAUAAUAAACUAGAUCAUAAAACACACAAGCAGUCAAUUUAUUGCCAUAUGAAGGGAACUGAACACACGUACAUUCAUUGUCCUGGGAGCAUUGUGUUAAACUGAAUGCGUGUUGACAAUAAAGUGAAUCUGUCUUC